CGUUAUUGGCUAAGGUCUAAAGUGAUCUACCUUUUUUCUUUUGAGUCUCAUGCGAUGAAGAUAUAAAGAACAGAAAAGAUAAAAAAAAAAGAAGGAAAAACAACUCUUCUGUAUUUAUCCACUUUUUAUUCAUCUCCUUGCUGCACUAUGCGAGUCUAUCAAAUACCAAUAAUUCAGGAGAGUGUCUAUACCAGAACUGACUUAAAAAGUAUGAUGGUGUUUACAUUUAUUUAGAUAGCACACAUUGUUUAUUCUUUUUGACACAGCUAGAGUCUACCCUACAUGGUUGCACAAGAAAACGAUUAGGAAGUUGGCCGCAUGGAUUCGUGUUACUGCAAUUGUCUAUCCAAAGCGUUUUUAUAGACUAAUGUCUUUGCACACUAAAAUAGCCUUCUCUCUUCUUUAUUUUACUUGUAUGAAAAAUUUAAUUUAUUACUAUGUGUUCUUCAUAACAGUGCUGCAGUUCUUCAAUGUGCAUGCGUCAGUCCAGAAGCAGUCAACUGCAGAAGAAACAGUUUAUAUGCUUGGCAGCAUGUCUGAUUUAAUCCACACGACACUAUUACCCACCCUUACUCUCAGUGUGCGUUUUACUACAGCAGGCAUGGACCAUAGAUCGACUGAUAUCAGUAGCUUACAUUUACAUACAUCUUCAAAGAGUAUCCUUUUUGUACAUGGCCUAUCACAAAACAACCAAGAAGCACUUAGCCUUCUCCAACCUAUACCAAGCAUAGCUCAGACACCAAACAUAGAACAUACAUUCGUACGGAACCAUACGGACCUGUACAUCCUAGAUGAUUCAGCCCAUCAAUUAUGGCACUAUAAUUUCAUUCACAAGUCAUGGAAGCAGACCCCUUUUUUCACAGAUAGAACGGGCUAUAGCACCAUUGUGUAUCACCAAUGGCUUAUUACUUGCUUUGGUCAUCAAAACAAUACAGUGAUCAAUAGUUGUGUAUGGUUCGACACUGCACUCAAUACAACUCGAGUUAUUCAUCAGCAAAACGCAUGGCCACCUGCUCGUCAAUAUGCAUCGAUGACCUUCAUGGAUGCCCAUCGUUAUAUUUUAUUUGGCGGCGAAUCACAACAUACGAUCAUGGAUGAUGUGUGGCAAUUGCACAUCCACACACCUUUCAAUAUGACUUGGCAGAAAUCAAAGGAUCUCAGUGGCCACUAUAAACGAGCAGGACACAUUGGCAUCAACAUAGAUCAUGAUCUUGUCUUGUAUGACAGUGGCAAACAGAGCCUUGAUUCAUUGGCGCCCAUUUAUCUAAACGUAACCAAUCUAGCAUGGAUCAGAAAAACGAAUCAUCUCGUGCGUCGACAAGAACUAGGCCUAAACCAACAACAGGUGCCUACUGGCAUUAUUAUAGGCAUUGUGGUUGCGAUACCUUGUCUAGUGGCUAUUGGGAUUAUCUUGUUUAUCUGGAAAAGAAAGACUCGACAAAGAAAAACACUAACCAGCCGAGCUACUCGAUUUAGUCAACCUUCUUCUGUUAUGGAAAAAGAGACGCCUACAUUAGAACAAGUAGCACAGUAUGGUCAUCUCUUGAGCCUUCCUGAACUAGCACAACAAAACCAAUUCACAAAGAAUCGCAUCAGUACUGUCUCACUGGGUGCUGAAUUUUGCUUUUCAAAGACGGACGACCCUCCUCAUUUAUCGAGUACAGUUACUACCAAUCCAUUUAUACCUAAAAUCGCAGUGGAUGAAUCUAAUCCUAGUCUCAAAAAACUUACACUCAACCUGUUUUCAUCCAGUACCCAAACAAAAGAGAGAAGACGGUCAAGUCUAUUUGCCCUUCGAUCCUCUCGUUUCCUACAGCCUGAUACACCCAACACACCAAGAUUUAAACCACAUAAUCUAAAUUCACGUACCUCACUUAGUGCCAAAUCAGUAUCGUCUGUGCAAUGGGUUGGAUUUAAUGAUACAAUGGAUUACAAUAGUAGUAGGUGGCGAGAUAGCAGUGCUUCUUCUUUACAUCUGGCUGUGACAAAUGCUCAAAAUGCUCAAAAUACACCUAAAAGCCCCAUGUUUCCUCGACAUCUGAAAGACCCAAGCGAAAAGGAUCAUGUUUAAUGUUAAUAAACUCAAAAUUCAUAUGAAAUGUAGGUAAUUUCUCAUUGAUUGUCCAUAUUUCAUGCAAAAUAGACAACUUGAUAAAUGUCAAGGAUCGUUAUAAACACAUACCUCUUUUCAUUUGUUUUUGUUUUAAUAUAUGCUCAAAAUGCUUUGCUUUACAGAACUAAAUUACGAGUC